AACCCCGGGCUCUGAGUCUUGGUGAGCCUCGGCCCGCUUUCUCGGCUUUGAUACUCGCGCUUUCUUUCAGCCAGCUGGUUGCAGGCGCCCUCUUAAAGCCUGGCCCUUUUGGAGCACAACGUACGCAGCUCGGCGACAGCGAUCAAGACGAGGACAAUAGGUGUGCACGCGAACUCGGGGUGGUGGCUACACCCACCCACCAGUAAGACCAUGUUGCGCGGCAAGUCCCGGCUCAACGUGGAGUGGCUGGGCAACUCGCCCGGCCUGCUCCUUGAGCGUAGACAACUCCCGGCAGGGCGCACUCCUCGGAGCCCCCACCGAAAUGAAAGUUCAUUAGCAUCCACCCUGAAGACGCUCCUGUUCUUCACAGCUUUAAUGAUCACUGUUCCUAUUGGGCUGUAUUUCGCGACUAAAUCUUACAUAUUUGAAGGUGCCCUUGGGAUGUCCAAUAGGGACAGCUAUUUUUAUGCUGCUAUUGUUGCAGUGGUCGCUGUCCAUGUGGUGCUGGCUCUCUUUGUGUAUGUGGCCUGGAAUGAAGGUUCACGACAGUGGCGUGAAGGAAAACAAGAUUAAAGUGAAUGUCACCUUUUGAUAGCAUUAAAUUGAUCUUUUAAAAAUGGCAAAUGCUGGGGGAAGGGGACAUUGCUGAUUUGAAUAAAGUUGAAAGAACAUGUUAAAAUCAGUCUAAAGGAGUCACAUUUGAAUAGUAUAAAUUUUACUCGUUCUAAUACAAUAAUUUGUGUAAUUGGUUUUAACUAUAUGAGUCGCAUUUGCAAAUGAGAAUUUGGAAAAGUUAAAUUAGUUACAAAUGAAUAUGUUAACUUGGUUGCACAUUAUUCUGGAAAUAAUUUGAUUAUCUUACAACAGACAUUUUUAGAGCAUUUUGACUUACAGUUGCUUUUGAUUUUACUCUGGAUGCAUUAAGAUGUGCACAGUGUAGCAAAUCUCAACUUUAUUUUGUGCUGGAACGCUUCCCUCACUGUCAUGAAAAUACCAGGCCCUUGGAUUUGGGGUUUAAUUUCCUAUGGAAAGGUGCUUAACUUGUGGACACUGGAGUUAAUCUGAAUAUCACUAAGGAAUUUCACAUAAAGGGUAAUCCCUAGUCAGUAGAAAUCUUUCAUUACAUUAUUUUAUGGGAAAACUAGGUUAAAUCAUGCCUAUUCACAUAAAAAGACUUUGAUGUCCUGAAGAAUCUAGAGCAAAGCAAAGAGCUUGCUGCUCUGGCGCUCAGCCUGCUUCUUAAAGAACGCUUGCAGGCCCACUUUGUGCUUUUCAGACCAACUUUUCAUUGCUAUGCUUUGCUCCCUCAUUCAGCAUUGAAGUUACGCUUCAAUUACAAUGUUUGCGGGGAGCUCCAUUUAAAAUAGUUUUUCCUGCUGUGUUUUUAUUGUAGUGGAUAUGACAGUGUAUACAUUUAAAUGUGAUUAUUUUGCAUACACUGGGAAUAUAAACGAUUUUGAAAACGUGUUAUAUUUUUAUCACUCAAGAAAUACUCUCAUCUGGAUUUCUGGUCUAGUGGUCUUUUUAAACAGAGAUAAGUUGUAUAACCUGCACACAAACAGUAGAACCUCCAUAGUUAAUACCCCACACACACAUUGACCGCCUCCUUAAGUUGACCUAAUUUUCAUAGACCAGGCAUGUACCCCAUGUAGGUAUCAGUAAAGUAGGCCUGGUUGCUUACGUUGGUAAUCUCUUGUCUGUUGAUCAUUUUGUUACAGUCCCCUGAGUGGUCAACUAUAGAAGUUCUACUGUAUUUGGUUAAAUAAUUCUUGAGGCCCUUUCUUAUGGACAAAACCCGAAAAACCCUGAUUUUAUGUGGGUAUCCUCAGUCUGUUCUUUCUAGCCAUUUGGUACUAGUUGUGUGCAAUCUAAAAGUACUGUUCCCCAUAAGUGUUUUUUUUAACUACAAAACCAUAAUACAUGUUUUCUUUAGAAAACUAGAAGAUUACAUAAUCAGGAAGAAAAUGAAAACUCCCCAUAAGGUUGCCACCUGAAGAUAACUACUGUUUUGGUUUAUAUUGUGUAUGCAUCUUCGAGAGCCAUUUCCGAAUGUUGGUUUGAUACACACUCAAAGUUGAUUCUAUAAAACUCAAAUUCCCUGUUAACAAUAAUGCUAAGACAGUGGCUCUUUCUGAAGUGUUUGCCAUUACUGGUUUGUUUUUGUUCACUUUUAUUAUUAUGUUGUGGAACUGAAGUAAAGAGAAUAGUUGAUUAGACCUAAAAGUCAAGUAGGCAUUUGUGUUUAUUUAAUUGUUGAGAAAAUAAAAGAUCAGUAUGAUUAUUAUAGCACUCUUUCUAAUUCUUGCUUACAGUUAAAUGUUGUGUACAGUUUAAAUGUCUUUCUGCAGUUCUUUUAAAUGUAAAGAGUCUUUGUUCGGUAAAGACUACGAUUUUAGUAUAAUGUUUGAGUUCGAUAGUAUUGUGUGGUAGAUUUCUAAAUGGUCCACUCUUAAGAGGCCCUGUCAAGAUUUAGAAUUGUACACCUAAUUCCUAAUUUCUUUUUGUAUUAUGUACACUCGAAGUUCUUUCUUUACUUUUGGGAUCAUACACUAUUUGUAAAAUAUUAAUAUCCAAUGUUGAAUUAUUUUGUUUCGUUUCCAACAUAUUGCUGAGUAAGUAAUGAUAGUGGUAUUUUCCAACAAUAUUUAAACCAGGGAUACAUGUAGAAGCAGUUAUAAUUUCCUCUUGGAAAAAGUACCAAGUGUUUGCAAGUUAAAAUUGAGUGCUAGGGUCGAUAUUUAGGGUUAUUUCCAAAUAGGCGUGUUUUCAAAGCAGUUUUUCCCUGGCUGGUUAACUGUUAGCUCACUAGUUUGCUGUUGUUCUUAACUGUGGUAAAUAACAUUCAGUAUUCAACAGAUAGAUAUAUUUUUCAAGAUGUGUCACUUGUUCUUGCACAGUGUAUAUACUUCAAGAUGUAUAGAAAGGAAAGCGACAGAUGAACUCUUACAAAUGUUUUAAGGUAGCGAUAUGUUCACUAUUGUUUGAAAACCAAUUGUAAGAAUAACCUCAGUUAGGAAGUAUAACUUGAAGUAUCAGUCCAAGCUACUGAUUUAACCCUAUUUACUGUAAAAUGUUGUCUUCCUUACCCCCAGAAUUUAAUCCUUUUUUUCUCCGUUGUGCUGAAAAAUGAAAAGUGUGCUGUACAAUGCAUCUGAUGUCAUUAGCUCUUCAAAUGGAAACCGUUCUACAUGUAACAGUGGAAUUUGGUUUUGAGUUGUUGUUGAAGAAAUUUAACCUGCCAUUAAAAAGUCCCUGUGUUUCAUAGGAAUCUAACAGAAAUCCCUUACAGCGAUUUGAAUGUUUUCAUCAUACAGAUUUCAUCAGUUUUGCCAAAAGAAGCAACUAACUGACUUGAUUGGUGUUUACUUUCCAUUUUCAUAUAAAUUUUAUGUAUAUAGUUAGAAUACCCGAGGAAUAAGUUAUACCCAAAGAAAGAGUAAACCUGAGGUACAUGAAACAAAGAAUUUAAAUCCUGUUUUAAAGCUAUCCUGUUUCAAACCCCUCUGGUGUGUAUUUCUUGUCUCUGGACAAGUUCAUGUUCAUUAUUUAUACUCACAAGAAGUUGUAAGCUACUGUUAAGCUCAUUUGAUAAAUGGUCCGACCGUGGCACAGAAUCUGUCAGUUGUCUUAGGUUAGUGGCAGGUUUCCCUGCUAUAAAGCGUGUUGUAAUGUCCACCAGGGUCAUACAGCUGUAAACUCGGACUCCCAUGUUUAUGAUAAUUUUACAAGAGCUGGGCUGAAAUAGCAUACUAAUAACUUGACAAGAUUUCUUUUUUCCUUUUUCAGGGGUAAAGAGUCACCUUAAAAAAUAAUUUUCAGGGGCAGUGCCUGUGGCUCAAAGGAAUAGGGCACCAGCCCCAUGUACCAGAGAUGGCGGUUUCAAACCCAGCCCCAGCCAAAAACUGCAAAAAAAUAUAUAAUAAUUUUCAGAGACCUUGGGAACCUAACAAGAAAUAAAUACUACACAUAAUCUUUGAAUAGCUGAAUCCUUCGUAUAUUCCACAAAAUAGGUGGGAAUUCCUUGAUGUCACCCUGGCCACACUUUCCUUGCCUGUGUUGUUGCUACUUGCCCUUCAGAGUAAUAUCUGCAUUCCUUUGAAGAUGUUCUGUAAGUCAUAUUUGUCAGUUAUACAGAGUAGUCUUCCUUUGCCCCACAUUCAGUGAAAUUUCAUUGAACAGUAAUAAUAGCAAUAUCUAACAACAUCUGCACAGCACCUUACGGUUUGCAAAGAACGUUCACACAUUCUCAUGUGAGUUUUGCAUAGUGAACUUGUUUUGAGAUGUCUCUUGAUGUCGGUGCUAAAUGUGUUAGAACCUUGAAAUCACUAGAGUCAUUGAAUGUGCCAUAGUAUUGACUAGUGCACUGACUAGGGGAGGAUUUAGAUGUGCUGCAUUUCAAGCCACCUGUAAUUAUCCAAAUAGGGGGCUUGAGUUCUUCAGCCACUUGAAUCAGAUUUACUUUUGUAAAUGAUGUUUUUUUAACCGUUAUCUGGGUGGAUUUUGUAUUUGUUAUAUCCUAGUCUGUAAUUUGUAUAAAUUUACCAUUCUGUUGUAAUUAAAAAAAAGUGUUCGUAAUGC